CAUAUCUUAAGUGUGUGGAUGCAGGAAGAACACCUCUAUGCCCAUCGAACCGCGAUAUCUUGCACAGCACCUCCCAUGCGACACGCUCACAAUGCGGAGACCACGCCGUCGUCGUCCUUGACGUCUGUCGUUGAACGACUUUCUCCGUUUUUCCGUUUCGCCCCUCUCCACAGUAUACUACUUCGGUCUCCCUUGGGACCUCCAAAACUCGCUGCUAACGUUCACGCCAAGGCAGUCCAGUAUGGCAGCUACUUCGGGUCCAGCAACGAUGCACGCACAUUCUGUCUCAGAACUCCGGCCUGAAGCACCCGCGAAUGAUUCGCAUCCGUUGGAGACGCUUCCCGGACAGGCCUCCAAGCGAGAGGUGUACAAGGGCUACGUCAGAGCUCAGCGAAGCGCGCACAACAAUCUCGCACCAAUCCAUCGUUUUCUUCCGACUGAGAUUCUCAUUGAGGUGUUCGCCCACAUCAUACCAACAUCUUGCACGGCUCUCUGUCUCCUCUCCGUAUGCCGCAAAUGGCGGUACAUCGCCCUGAGGACCCCAGAGUUCUGGUCCGACCUACUUCGCAUACCUGUCGUAACGCGGGCAGCUGUUCGAGGGGACCCGGCCGGGGUCGAACGCUUUCGAACGUUCUUACAGCGAUCGGCUCCUAUCAAGUUUUCCUUCAACGUUCUAUGCCUCCCAUCGCACGUCUCGGAGGUCCUGGGGGCCCACCUGAACCAGAUAGGAGGACUCAAGGUUCGCGUCAGCGGUGACGAAGCCGUGGUCUUGUAUGGCUGGCUGGCAACGGGGAUGCCUCUCCUGCAGGAGCUCGAAAUCUUUCACAAAGCCGCUUACCCUCUGAAUCCGUCGUAUAGAGAUGCUCUCCGCGCGCUCCAGUGCACCGACUUCGACCUACCACGGCUUCAAACCCUCCGGGUGUCACCCGCGUUCUUCGUACCCGGCCUCGCCGUGCCAUCCUUGCAGACUCUGCACGUGGGCGGAUGCUGCUGCGAUGAUUGUCGUGGAGACGGGAAGACGUACACGUUGCACGAUCUGUCGUCAUUCCUGAGGCGAUGUCCAUAUCUCUUCUCGGUAAAGUUCUCGAUGGGUUCCGAACCGCUUAGCGAGCCCGGGGAGCUCUCUCAUCGCCCCGUCUCCCUACCCCAGCUGAAGACCCUCACCUUUGAGCACUAUCAAGCUUACUCCCUUCGUGACGUGCUGUCUAGUCUCAUCAUUCCUCACACAACCAUCGUGCGAAUCAACUCGGAGACCUUCGCGCAGGGCGGCGAGACGUAUUUCCCUCCUGCUCUCCGCAAGCUCCCUCUACCCUGGGCUCUGCGCUCCCUGCGCGUCGUCGUCGGGACGUGCACCUGCGACCUCCUCGGCGCGAACCUUCGGAACGAAUCCGGCAGGGUCAAGGUCGGGUGGAAGACGAUCGGCGUCCUCAACCGCCGCACAGAGAUCUUCCGCGACUUCGCCGACCUCUUCGCCUCCCCCGCCGUUUCACGCCUCCACAUCUCCGUCGCGUCAAAUCUGUACCCCACGUGCCUCGAUGGCCCCCGCAUGGCCGCGCUGCUGUCGGCGUUCCCGCAGCUCACGUUCCUGAGGGUGGGCAGGAAGUGCCACGACCUCUUCACGUACCUCCUCGCACAGUCAGACCCUCCACCGUGCCAGCGCCUGGAUCACGUCAUCGCUCUUUGGAGCGUCGCGUGGGAGGACGAGUUUUGGGAGAGCUGCGAUCUCGUCGAGAAGACCCUCGCGCAUCGCGCGGGUCUUGGAUUGAGACUCUCGAUACUCGACUUGAGGUUCCGCAGGCUGUAUGGCCUGAAAGAGCAGGAGAUUGACGUAGACCUGCAGGUUGUUAGGAAGGGCCUCGAGGAGAGAUUCCGGCCGCUUGCGGAGAAGGUGGAGAUCACGAUCGAAGUAUAGCUAGGCGAGAACUUGAAGGGGAGAACUAUGCAUCACCGUCAUGGCUGUCCUGGGAGGGAUCGCAUCCGAGAACAGCGCGCACAAGAGGUAAUCGUCGGCUGACUUGACCGGCUUGCGCUGGUCGUUCAGUACCGGAUUCCGAGCGUUCUACCCGAUUUCAGCUUUGCUCUACGCUGGUAAGUAUCCAAGUCAUGCAGUAGGCAAGUCUGGUAGCAACUGUGUACAUGGAAGACGUCUACGUAGACUACAAGUACAUACCGGGUGAAGCGGAACGAAGUUGUGGAAUACCGGCCCGCGAGCGCUUGUCUGUAACUCGCUCCUUCCUG